CUAUCAUACCAUUGUACAUAACUGGACAAACUUGUCUUGAUUGUGAUUGAUCCCUUGCAGCUUAUCGAAGCCUCGUCUUUAAUGUCAGUACACCUCAGGCAAUGAUAACAUUUCGAUGACUUCAUUACAAUUACUUGUUCGAUACACAUGCAACCAAAUUGUCGCUGGAAGCCGAAGGAUACUUUUCGCCCCAAUAAAUCGUGCGGUUUCUUCUAUAAGCAGUGACGUGAAAAGGAUUUUCAAGCCUCCACCGACUGUUGGUCUUUUCCCGCACACUCAUCCUGAAUCAUGGAUACCUCUACUAACCGUUGUCCGGACGAGCAGUAUUUUCACUUCAUUACCGGCAGAUCGGUUAUGGGAAGGUGUGACGGGACCCAGAGGAAGCACAAAGAAGCGAGCACGCGGGAAACGUCGGAUCGUUCGCCCGAAAAUAGAUCUUCACCGAGGUCAGCGCCUCGGUAUGGGUAAAGGAAAUAUGGAGUGGCCCGGUUUGAACGUGCCUUUGGUUAGCGGAAGUCAACUACGAAUAAUCAAGGCGGGUGAGAUGAAUGAGGCCUACUUUCAAAGACUGGAAAAGGUGAGGAACCAAUCUGCAGUGAAGAAAAAACGGAUUAAGCUCCCUCCACUCCUCCGUGGUUGGACCGGAUCCCGUCUGGAAGGUCAGUCGAUUGGACCGCCGACACCGGAACACCCUGAGUUUGACACUCGUGUGAUCGAAAUGAAGGUCGUGGCUACAAUGACAGCUACCGUUGGUCGGUACCGCAGAUUUUCCGUGCUGGUAGCCACUGGGAAUGGCAGAGGUCUAUGUGGUAUUGGAAAAGCGAAGGCCAUCACACUGACGGCAGCAAUUAAACGUGCGAAGCAGCGUGCAGCAAAGAGCCUGAUCUCUUUCGAGCUGAAGGAUAAUCGCACACUCUGGCACAUUGGUCAUGUCCGGGAAUGGCACAGUUCUAUUUUUGCUAAGCCAGCUGCAGAAGGAUCUGGGUUGGUUUGCCACAGGCUGCUUCGAACUUUGUGCCAAAUUAUUGGAAUCAAGGAUAUGUACGCAAAGGUCGAGGGAAGUGCAAGAAAUUAUCAGGUUCUUACUCGUGGAUUUCUACGUUUGCUCAGUGAACAACAAACAUACUCGGACCUGGCAAAUCGCGUCGGUCUCCAUGUAGUUGCAUUCUCACAGGAUGAAGACAUGUACCCACGGGUUCUGGCGUCACCCGAUCCUGGGUGUUCAGUGGAUCCGAAUACUCCUGCUUUGCCAGCAAACACAGUAACCAAAUCCGACACUCCGAUAGACAAUGACGAGCCCUUGUCAAUUUUAGCCAUAUCGCAUCCAGAGCGACGACGACCUCGUCGACCACCAGUGGAACAAUAUGAGUCUUUUCUAGAUGAUCUCGUUAAUGUUGGAGAAGGACCGGCGGUCGCUACUGAGAUGCGCGAGCUGGUUGCAUCAGGGGAACGCGAUCUAAAUGUGCUGGCACUAGGAGGGCGGAUGCCUUUGAUCAAAGGAAAGAAGAAGCCGUUUUUCUGGAACCUGCCUGGCAACUUGAAAAUAGCCGCUUUACAACAUCGAUACAGGAACCACGAGGAAGCCCGGAGACAGCGGGAAGUUUACGCAGCCCUAGACCAGCUUAACAGGUAGCCACAAUCAACCAACUGUAUAAAAAUUCGUGAGUAAUUUGUUUUAACAAAUCAAACCCCA